GGUCCCGCGCAGGCGCGGUGAGGCCUGUCUGACCGACCUUCAGCCGGGCCGGUACCACCAUGUUCUCUCGGGCGGGCGUCGCUGUGCUCUCGGGCUGGGCAGUGCAACCGCAAUGGUAUGGCCGCUGGCGAGGGGACGGGAGGGUUACGAGGAACGCAGGAGCUCGGUCAGGGGAAGGAGGAAGCGAGUGGAGGAUCCAAGUUCGAAAUAUGGCAACUUUAAAAGAUAUUACCAGACGACUAAAGUCGAUCAAAAACAUCCAGAAAAUCACCAAGUCUAUGAAAAUGGUAGCAGCAGCAAAAUAUGCCCGAGCUGAGAGGGAGCUGAAACCAGCUCGAGUGUACGGGAUAGGAUCUUUGGCUCUGUAUGAAAAAGCUGAUAUUAAGGUGCCUGAAGACAAGAAGAAGCACCUGCUUAUCGGUGUGUCCUCAGAUCGAGGGCUCUGUGGUGCUAUUCAUUCCUCGGUUGCUAAACAGAUGAAAAAUGAGGUGGCCACGCUCACAGCAGCCGGGAAGGAAGUCAUGCUUGUUGGAAUUGGUGAUAAAAUCAGGGGUAUACUUCAUAGGACUCACUCGGACCAGUUUCUGGUGUCCUUCAAAGAAGUGGGAAGAAAACCUCCUACUUUUGGAGAUGCAUCCGUCAUUGCCCUUGAACUGCUAAAUUCUGGAUAUGAAUUUGAUGAAGGGUCUAUCAUCUUUAAUCGGUUCAGGUCUGUCAUCUCGUACAAGACAGAAGAAAAACCUAUCUUUUCCCUUGAAACCGUUGCAAGUGCUGAGAGCAUGAGCAUCUAUGAUGAUGUCGAUGCUGACGUGCUGCAGAAUUACCAAGAAUACAGUUUGGCCAACAUCAUCUACUAUUCGCUAAAGGAGUCCACCACGAGUGAGCAAAGUGCCAGGAUGACGGCUAUGGACAACGCCAGCAAGAAUGCUUCCGAGAUGAUUGACAAACUGACUUUGACGUUCAAUCGCACCCGCCAGGCUGUCAUCACGAAGGAGUUGAUUGAAAUCAUCUCUGGUGCAGCAGCUCUGGAUUAAUGAAAACCAAGUUUCAUCCUCAGACAAGAGGUAAAGAAGAAUAAUUCAGCCAGCUGAUUUUAUUUUUAGCUUACUGCUGUCCUUGUCAGAAGAAAUUGUUGGUCCAUUGUUUAACCAAUAAAGACAGCAAGAUGUUUGUAAAUUAUCUUACAAUAAACAACUUACCAUAAGAAA